UCUCCCGAUUUUGAAGUCGUUUGAAGCGCGGUUGAAAUUGACCCCCGCACGUGCGACCCUCAAUUCACCAGUAAAGAGUAACCGCUGUGGAAAAAGCUAGGGCUUUUCUUAUGUCCAACAAAGACAGCGCUCCUCCAACGGCUACUCUAACUGCUACACUCCCAACCCAAGUCAUCAUCUCCACCGCCCUUCACUUCUCGAUCCUUCUCCUCCUCUUCCUCCUCCUCUUCGUUUCGAGCUCCUCUCCUAAAGUUAGGGUUAGGGUUUCGAAAAUGACGAUGAUGGAGAGCUUGAUUAGCCUCGUAAACAGGAUCCAGAGAGCCUGCACCAUCCUCGGCAACCAUGGAGGUGCUGAUGGUGCGCUUCCUACUCUCUGGGAGGCUCUCCCUUCUGUCGCCGUCGUCGGAGGCCAGAGCUCUGGGAAAUCUUCGGUUUUGGAGAGUAUCGUCGGGCGUGAUUUUCUCCCUCGUGGAUCUGGGAUUGUGACGAGGAGGCCGUUGGUGCUGCAGCUUCACAAGACGGAGCAGGGUCAAACAGAGUAUGCAGAGUUCCUUCACAUGCCGAAGAGAAAAUUCACUGAUUUUUCUCUUGUUCGCAAGGAAAUUCAGGAUGAAACUGAUAGAAUGACAGGGAGAAGCAAGCAGAUUUCACCUAUUCCCAUUCAUCUCAGUAUUUGUUCACCGAAUGUUGUCAAUUUAACACUGAUUGAUCUACCUGGUCUAACAAAGGUUGCUGUAGAGGGGCAGCCUGAGAACAUUGCCAAGGAUAUUGAGAAUAUGGUCCGCUCAUAUGUUGAGAAGGUUCUCGAAGGAAGAGCUUACAGGCUGCAACAUCCUUGGGUUGGAAUUGUAAAUCGUUCUCAGGCAGAUAUAAAUAAGAAUGUUGACAUGAUUACUGCCAGGCGAAGAGAACGGGAGUAUUUCUCAAGUAGUCUUGAAUAUUCACAUUUAGCUAGUAAAAUGGGUUCUGAAUAUCUUGCUAAACUUCUCUCUAAGCAUCUAGAAUCUGUAAUCAGGGCGAGGAUUCCAAAUAUCACAUCUUUGAUAAAUGAAAGCAUUGAUGAUCUUGAAUCAGAACUAGACCACCUUGGUAGACCUACAGCUGUUGAUGCAGGGGCUCAGUUGUAUACCAUAUUGGAACUUUGCCGUGCCUUUGAUAAGAUAUUCAAGGAGCACCUAGAUGGAGGACGACCUGGCGGUGAUCGUAUAUAUGGAGUUUUUGAUAAUCAAUUACCUGCUGCAUUGAGGAAACUUCCAUUUGAUCGUCACCUCUCCCUUCAAAACGUGAGAAAAGUGGUCUCAGAAGCAGACGGUUAUCAGCCCCACCUGAUUGCCCCUGAGCAUGGUUACCGCCGCUUAAUUGAAAGUUCCCUUGAUUUUUUCAAGGGCCCUGCUGAAGCUUCAGUGGACGCAGUUCACUUUGUAUUAAAAGAGCUGGUUAGAAAAUCGAUAGGCGAGACACAGGAGUUGAAAAGAUUUCCAACACUACAAGCUGAACUGGCAGCAGCCUCGUAUCAGGCCUUGGAGAAUUUUCGAGACGAGAGUAAGAAGACAACAUUGCGUUUGGUUGAAAUGGAGUCGGCAUAUUUAACUGUAGAAUUUUUCCGGAAGCUUCCGCAAGAAGUGGAGAAGGGAUGGAAUCCUGCAGCUAACUCAGCUGCGGACAGGUAUUCUGAGGGACAAUUUAGAAGGAUCGGUUCAAAUGUGUCGCGUUAUAUAGGGAUGGUCUCUGAAACACUGAGACUUUCCAUACCAAAGGCAGUGGUUCACUGUCAAGUUCGAGAAGCUAAACGUAAUUUGCUCAAUCAUUUCUAUGUGCUACUGGGAAGAAAGGAGGCAAAGCAGCUGUCGCAGUUGUUGGACGAGGAUCCCUCACUGAUGGAGCGUAGACAGCAAUUGGCUAAGAGACUUGAAUUGUAUAAGUCUGCGAGGGAUGAAAUUGACUCCGUAGCCUGGGCAAAAUGAUGACUUCUUCAGCCUCAUCAUGUAUAAAAUGUAGUGAUUCUGGAGAUGUUAGGCAAUUUUUAGUUCGUGUUCUGUAUCUGUACCAUGCAUUUAUUCCUUGUCUCGAUGCUUAAUUAUUUUUUUGAUGUGGGGCAAAUUCAUGCUUCACUGGUGUCAUUUCAGGGUAUUUACGUUUAUUUCAUCCUGUGACUGAACGUUUCUCACUGGAUCACUUUACUUGUCUAUAGUACGAUGUUAUUUUUUUUAUUCAAAUUCAUUUGGUAAUACAUUUGAUAAUUCGGUAUACAG